AUGAACUCCACUGCACUUGUCGGAAGUGACCCCUCCUAUAUCUACAAAUUAAAAAACAUCGAGUGCUCGACAGUUCCUGGGUUCUCGGCAAAUGCUUCUUGCCGUGUAAAAGCCAUUAACUGGAACAAGGCAGUGGCCCAAAUGGACGUGGAUCUGGCGAGGACUUUGUAUAAUAUCUCUAUUCGACUGCAAUUCCAUAAAAGAGACUAUAGUAACCAGUUUCAGCCGUUCCUCGUGGAUGUGAUGAUUAAUUUCUGUGAGGUACUCUCCAAACGAAGCUUUAUACCUUAUGGUAUAAUUGUUCUUCAAGUUACCAAACGAUUCUCAAAUUUUAAUCAUACCUGCCCCUACUCUGGACAUCUAAUGGCCCGCGACGCAUAUUUCGAUGAAUCAUACUUUCCGAACGCCUUUCCUUUGGGCAUUUAUAAAAUCAACAUUACCAUAUUGGAAGGUUACGCAAAGUCCCCAUCUGCGCAUGUUGGGGGUAUCGUUUGGUAUCUCCAGGUUAUGCCCGCUUAUAAGAUUAAAAAGAAACAAAAUUAA